CUGUCAGCACUCACACAUGCACACACAGAAGUGCACACCCUUUUCCCCACUCUCCAUCAGUGCAUUAACAUCAUGGCGUCAUAAAACCCCAUACAACUUCUCUACAGAGUGACUGGAGCCAUGAGGAGGCCAAGGACUAUUCAGGGCUGUUAAAUUUAACAUUGCAACUAUUUCCCCCCACCUCUGAGAGACUCUCAGCAGCAUGCUGAAGUUGUGCAUUGUGGUGAUCGUCGUGCACUGUGCAAUUUUUGCACAGGGAGCUGCUGUAGCACCAAAGAGACCGGCUGCGGACUCCAGGCUACGAGCUGACAUGGAGGCUCAGCAAAAAGAUAAGUUGCAGGAGGUGACAGAUGACCGGGAAAAUAUCCUCUUUAAGCUGCUGGGUGAUUAUGACAAAGUGAAAGCCGUCUCGGAAGGCUCUGACUGUGGCUGUAAAUGUGUUGUCAGACCCCUGAGCAGGAGCGCCUGCCGACGGAUAGAGGAGGGCAGCGCGGGCGCGCAGGAUACAUACACGGUGGAGACCAUCACAUCCGGUCCGGAGUGUAAGUGCGCCUGCAUCGCUCCUCCGUCAGCGGUCAACCCCUGCGAGGGAGAGCUCAGGCUGAAAAAGCUUAGGGAAGCUGCAAAAGAUGAUGUCAAGCUGGCCACCAUCCUUGAGCUUCUGGAGGGUUCCUAUUAUGGGAUGGAUCUACUAAAGCUGCAGUCCAUCAUCGGCAAUCUGGUGGAGCGAGUGACACACAUUGAAAAGGUUAUGGCCUUGAAGCACACCACAGAUGAGGUAAAGACCCACAAGAACCCUCCAAACCCUGACGAUGCUAAUAAGCGUUGGACUACACCCCCGCCUUCACUCCACCAGGAUGACCAGAAUGAAUGGAACCUGAGCAGACCAGGAGCCUCUCAAAAACCAACGGAGACAUUUGUUGCAAGAACCCAGUCCAAUGCUUCGGCUCAAGUCACUGAGGUGAAAGCGCAUUCCACUCCCAAAAAGGGGGCAGACAAAGAGGUUCCUCCAGGGUCCAAGAGUGGUCUCAAUGGGAUGAUCAUCAGAGGAGUGACUUUUUACAAGUCAGAGCCUGAACCAGUGACCAAUGACGAUGGAGAACCCGAAGAGAACGAUUUUGAGUAUCAUGGAUUCAGUGGAGAUGGUCCAAUAGACCUCCUGAUUGAGGAAAACCUUCUUCAACACCGAGUCCCUCGCCCUCAUCCUGGGCGUAGGUCAUUUCGACCUGUGAUGACUGGCCUCUCCCAUGGCUCCAAGAAGACCAGCCAGACAACAACACAGACAGACACAGAGCCCACAACUAAAGCUCUGAUUGAGGUGAUUAAUGACAUCGAUGCUACUUCACAAAAACCUCUCACAACAGACCGUGCAUCCCAGUCUUUGGACUUCACCACUUUGAUGGACGCCUCCGCAACCAAAGAGAUGCUUAUAAUGUCCCAAACUGAUGAGAAGGUAACCACCGCGGUGUUCACCACAAGACCUAUCACCAUAGAAACAUCAAGCGUGGAGAUGAGCAAUCCAACGCAAGCCACUGAGGCACCAAACACCACUCUAGAGCAUGUAACCACCAACACUGAGGCCAAUCCAGUCCACCCUUCAACAGCAAAAGCCAACCAGGUUACUGUCAUGACACCACAAGAACCCACCAUCCUCUCAGAGUCUUCCACCCCAGGGUCACCGCACACUUCUACACCUGUGACUAGACCUGUUACAACAUCUCCCUCAGCUACUACAACAACCACCGCCACCACCACUAUCCGGGUUCCCCAGGUCAAACAGAAGUACAAGAUCAGCUGGGAGGAGGAAGAGGAGGAUCACCAAGAGUUUGAUGAGAUGAUGCAAAGGCAGGAAGGAGCCACGGCAAAAAAAAAUGAAGAAUGUAAGGACACUCUGGCAACCAUCUCUGAGCCAGUGACUCACAACACCUACGGCAGGAAUGAAGGAGCUUGGAUGAAGGAUCCUAAGUCAAACAACGACAGAAUUUAUGUCACCAACUUCUAUUAUGGCAGCAACCUCCUGGAGUUCCAGAAUCUGGAGGUUUUUAAAAAAGGCCGUUUCACCAACUCCUACAAGCUUCCUUACAACUGGAUUGGCACAGGUCACGUAGUCUAUGACGGGGCCUUCUACUACAACCGUGCCUUUUCUCGAGACAUCAUCAAAUUCGACCUGCAUCAGCGCUACGUGGCCGCCUGGACCAUGCUGCACGACGCCGUGAUGGACGAGUCCACAUCAGCGUGGGAGUGGCGCAGUCACUCGGACAUCGACUUCGCUUUGGAUGAGAGUGGCCUUUGGAUCAUUUACCCGGCAAUGGACGACGAGGGCUUCCUGCAGGAGGUGGUCGUCCUGAGCCGCCUGAACCCAGUUGACCUGAGCAUGCAGAGGGAGACAACGUGGAGGACUGGGCUGAGGAGGAACCACUACGGAAACUGCUUCAUCGUGUGCGGCGUCCUGUAUGCUGUUGACAGCUACAACCAAAGAGACGCCAACUUGGAAUAUGCCUUCGACACGCACACCAACACACAGAUGAUUCCCAGGAUGCCUUUCACCAACAAUUACACCUACACCACCCAGAUUGACUACAACCCCAAAGAGGGUGUCCUGUACGCAUGGGACAAUGGACACCAAGUCACAUACAACAUUAAGUUUGCCUACGUAGACCCUAAAUAAGCCUUUGACAUAUUUGAAAUGCUUACAUGGAUUGUAGAUCAGUUCUAUAUUGGCUAAUAUCAGUUUUUUGUACCUAAAUCCACUCAAAUUGAGCCACAUUCCUCAGUCCAUACAGGACACAAACCCCUUGACAUGACAACCUCCACACUAUGUUGUUUCAACAAAGGUCAGUUUUCCAUUCUAUACAUGCUUUAUCUUUCACUUUUUUUCUUUGUAAAAGCAACCCAAAUAUGUCUGUCUUGUCUUGUGAAAGCACUUAUUCUCUGGUGACUGAGGAUGAAUAAAGUUCA